UUGGAAGGGACCCCAAGGAUCAUGUAGUUCCAACCCCCCUGCCUAGCAGGGCCACCAAACAUACACAUUCAGAUCAGGUUGCCCAGGACCCCGUCCAACCUGGCCUUAAACACGUCCAAGGACAGGGCAUCCACAACCUCCCUGGGCAGCCCGUUCCAGGGCCUAACCACUCUCCUAGUAAAGAACUUCCCCCUAACAUCCAACCUAAAUCUUCCCUCCUUCAACUUAAAACCAUUUCCCCUAGUCCUGCUGUUGUCAGCCCUUUUGAAGAGUUUACUCCCCUCCUGGGUGUAGGUUCCCUUCAGGUAUUGAUAGGCUGCAAUGAGGUCACCCCGCAGCCUUCUCUUCUCCAGGCUGAACAAGCCCAACUCCCUCAGCCUGUCCUCAUAGGGGAGGUGCUCCAGCCCCUUGAUCAUCUUAGUCGCCCUCCUCUGGACCCUUUCCAAAAUCUCUAUGUCUUUCUUGUACUGAGGGCUCCACACCUGGACACAGUACUCCAGAUGGGGCCUCACAAGAGCCGUGUAGAGAGGGACAAUCACCUCCCUGUCCCUGCUGGCCACCCCUCUCCUGAUGGAGCCCAGGAUCCCAUUUGCCUUUUGAGCUGCCAGAGUGCACUGCUGGCUCAUAUUCAGUCUCUCGUCCAUCAGGACCCCCAGGUCCUUCUCUGCCGAGCUGCUCUCAAGGACCGCUCCUCCCAGCCUGUACAGGUGCCUGGGGUUCUUCCGGCCCAAAUGCAAAACCUUGCACUUUGCCGUGUUGAACCUCAUCAGGUUCACCCGAGCCCAGCCCUCCAGCCUGUCGAGGUCCCUCUGAAUGGCAUCCCUUCCUUCCACCGUAUCAACCGCACCACUCAGCUUGGUGUCGUCAGCAAACUUGCUGAGGGUGCACUCAAUUCCCUCAUCGAUGUCAUUAAUAAAGAUGUUAAAGAGCACCGGUCCCAAGACAGACCCUUGGGGGACACCACUUGUUACCGGCCUCCACCUGGACAUAGAGCCAUUGACCACCACCCUCUGUCUGCGGCCUUUCAACCAAUUGCUUAUCCAUCGGGUCGUCCACCCAUCAAAUCCACUUCCCUCCAAUUUGGAGAUGAGGAUGUGGUGGGGGACCAUGUCAAAGGCCUUGCUCAGGUCCAGGUAAAUGACAUCGGUCGCCUUCCCUUCGUCCACCAAUGCCGUCACUCCAUCAUAGAAGGCCACAAGAUUAGUUAGGCAUGACCUUCCUUUGGUGAAGCCGUGCUGGCUGUCUCGGAUCACAUGCUCAUUCUUUAUGUGACCGAGCAUGUUGUCCAGGAGGAUCUGUUCCAUGAUCUUCCCAGGCACGGAGGUGAGACUCACCGGCCUGUAGUUCCCCGGGUCCUCCCUGCUCCCCUUCUUGUAUAUGGGAGUGACGUGACCCUUCCUCCAGUCGUCCGGGACCUCACCUGACAGCCACGACUUCUCAAAUAUGAUGGAGAGCGGCUCG